CCUCAACCACGCCCCCUCGGGCCCAGCAGUCGCGGAGUUGCGACGGCCGCCGCCUAAAGACGCCGCAGCGGGGUCAUGCUUCUACCGUCGGACAUAGCCAGGCUCGUGCUGGGUUACCUGCAGCAGGAGCAGCUCGCAGAGUCGUGCCGCGUGUUCGUGCAGGAGAGCCCUCACCUGCGCGAGUAUGCGCUCCACUCUGCCGGGGACGUCGUGAGCCCCGUGUGUGUGCUGUCGCUGUUUGGACGCAGCCUGACGUCCAUUCUUGAGGAGUACAUCGCUAUCAAAGCUAAAGCAGAUGUGUCGAGCAAUCCGGCGGGGGUCCUGUGUGUGCUAUGGAAGAGGCUGGAGCAACUGCUCACACAGAUCAGAGAAUACCAGAAUGCGUCUGGGACGCAGGCUUCAGCAGACGAGCGUGGCGCCUCCUCCGUGCGUCUCGCCACGCAUUCCAGUCGCCUCCCUGAGCCAGCGUCGGUGGCGAAGUCCGUCGCAAAGGGCAGCUCAACGGCGUCCACGCAGAGCCCGGUCACGGCGAGUGCCGUCGACACCCGCACACUGCCUCCCCGGGCUCCGCACACCUCGACCUCCAAUCUCACCCCUGCGUCCUCCGCCACCGCGUCGGCCGCGCUCUUGAUGCCCUCGUCCUCCUCCUCGCCGCUGCUGCUGAUUUCUCCGCCGUCGUCGUCCACGGUUUUAUCCGCGCCGUCGUCGUCGUCGCUCCCAUCGUUGGAGCCGAAUCCCCCCGCGAUGGCCGGCGUCCAGCUGCCGCUCGUGCUCGCCACGCCGCCCUCCGACUGCACGGCCGUCACGUACAUGCUGGCCCAACCGUCCGCGUGCCCCGUCCAACCGCCGUCGUCGGCGCCGGGGACCUCGAUGCCGGGGCAGGCCUUGCUGUCGUCGCUCGGCUCGGUCCUGCGGCCCAGGGCCACCGUGACGCCGACGCCUUCAGCGGACAUCUGCUCACUGCUGGGCAGCUCCGCUGACCCGUCCGAGGCUGGGCCCGCCACGAAGAUACUGGCCGGGUUCGGGAGCAGCCUCUCGAGCAGGGAGAGUGGAGGACGCGAGGUGUCCAGCACAGUGCUGCGAUCCGGAGUUCUGGUGAGACAGAUUGUUGACCCGGUGAGCCAGGCGCCUGGCAUCUUGGCGUCUUCUGCCAGCAGCAGCAGCAGUGGCGGCAGCAGCAGCAGCACCAGCAGCACCACCAGCCCCAGCAGCAGCAGCAGCUCUGCGCAUAAACUAUCGAUUUCACUCUCAGUUCAAGACCAGGGUGGAGACGGAGCCACCCUGGAAAUGACCGCAGAGAGUCUGUCGCAUCAAGUGUUGGAAACAGCCUUGGAGACGCUGCUGGGUGACUCGCGGCUCCAGGAGAAACUGGCUGAGAACAUCAACCAAGUCUUCUAUAGUGAGACUGUGGUGACGGUGACGGACGCGGUGGCUACUCCGUCGGCACCUUCCGCGGACAACGGUGAUCCGCAGUCCAUUGAAGACUUCCUCAACCUGCAGGGCGAAUGCAACAUGAGCCGGGAGUCGAUCCAAGACAUCGUGACGCUCACGCAGUCCGACCCCGCCUUCCACUCCCUCUUCCAGCUCUUCGACUUGGGAACGCAGGGCGGCUCGUCGGGAGGUGAAGACGAAAGCAACGAGGAGAUGGAUGAGGCAGAAGAGGGAGCGGCCAACGGGGAGGUGGGGGAGGAGGAGAUAUUGGGUGGCGCUGACUGCCACGGCGACGACGACGCAAACCCUGACGAGGGUCGGCAACGCGAGGAGGUGACGGAGAUGGGCGAGGAGACGGAGCGACACGCCGGGGACGGAGGGGAGGGUGGGGAUGGAGGGAAGGGAGACGACGUGAGGAAGCAGGGCCAGUGCACGCACGACUACCAGGACGUGGGCGGCGAGGUGUGCCUCGGGGACGAGUCACAUGACAAAUCGUGCGGUGUCCCGAUGCCUCCCGCUCACCUCGCCCAUGAAACCCUCACCACGGCCAUUCGCACGCAGGUGCGGGAUAAACCGGUCGACGGCAGGGCGGCAAAAUCUAAGCGGGCAAAGCCGCCCACCAGAGUUGCGCUCCCUGGCAAGCGGCUGGGCAGGCCCCGAUCCUCCGCGAAAUCGAGUGGAAAAAAUUCCCCCAAAGUCUCCCUCAAAAAGCACGGGGCCGGCAAAGACGCCACAGGAAGCCAGGGCGCCGUAGUCGAUCCGGCCGUGGGGGUUAAAGCGGCGGCGCCCGUCAGGCAAGGAGACGGUGCCAACGUCGAGUCGGUCAUGGGGGGCAGCGGAGAUGCGGCGGGCGGCGCCCCCGACGGCGCCACGGGGACGCCGGCGAAGAAGAAGCAUCCGCGCAAAAGAGCAAAGGGGAAGAAAUUGGCCGGCGCCGACACGACCGUGGCGGCCGCUUCCGCCUCCGCCGUGACUCCCGCGGGGCCCUCCCUGCCGGGUGCUUCUGAGGGAGCGCCGGCGUCCGUGGAGGCUGCUCGCCGCCCGGCGGCAGCGGCUGCGCCGGACUCGGCGGGCAGGGAGGUGGCGGGCGGCGCGUGGGCCAGCGAUGUGGAGCUUCGGAGCGCCGUGUCGUCCAUCACGGGCGAGAGCGCGGCGACCUCGGAUGCGGGUGGUGGGUACCACUACCCCGGCAGUCCAGGGAGGCCCCUCACCCCCCAGCAGUGCAGGCCGGAGCGACACGUGGUCACGGCGUCACCGUUGGGGGCGCCGGCGAUCAGGGCAGUGCUGCCUCCCGCCGACAGACGCUGCCCCCAGCAACCACGGGGUGGCGAGCGUCAACGGCACCAAUCCACUCCCGAGCGGUUGCACGUGCUGGCCGCCGCGCCACCGCCUGUCUCUACCCCGUUAGCCACCACUGCCGUCUGCGGAGUCACCGUCUCCAGGAACGCUGACGCGCCACUUUGCGCCAUCGCGACGGACAGAUUCUGGGGGACCCUGGUGCCGAGCAUGCCACGGCAUCCCCCGCCACUUGCCAUGGGCAACAUCGCCGUUCCCGCGGCAACGGUCACCGUGUCGACCGCCACCCAUUUCCUAACGACAUCGCCGCCGAAGAACAUCACCAUGCGCGGGACGGUGUUACAGCCAGGGAUCAUCACGUCGCCGGAUACGGGCCCUACGUUCUUGGUGCGCCCCGUGCUGCAGGGCGUGGUGGGAGUGCUGUCCGUGCUGGGUUCUCCUCCGCGCACUUUGUCGCUGCUGCCUCACCAGAUCGUGCAGCUGUCGCCUCCUCGACAGCCUGUGGCUGCUGCUGCUGCCGGCGCUGCGCACACGAGGAAGUCCCGCUUCGCCGCGUCCACCCCGUCCAAACCCAUCGCCAUCUCGCCCGGCAUGAGCCACGUGCUGCUCUCCCCGGCACCCAGCACCUCCACCACCACCAUCUCCUCGCCCACCUCGCAGCCCCUCAUCGUGUCAGCAGGCUCCUCGCUGGUGUCGGGGAUGAGUCGCAUCUGCAACCUGGCCGACCGGCUCGAGCGCUGCAAGGAGAAGGAAUCACUCGUGCCGGUAGAGAUUUUGGCGUCGGCGCACAAACUCUCCGAGCCGCGUGACGCCGAGAGGGCGGGCGGGAGCAGCGUGAGCCCCGCGGACGCCGCCCCGGCGCCACCCGCCCCUCACCGGCGCGUUCUCACCUUCGACGGCGUUUCCCUAACGCGGGCGCCGGGCGGCUCCCGGAGAACGUCGGGCGACGCUGGGCCCGCCGCCGCCGCCGCCUCCUCGCGACGCUCGCCCAAGUCUCCUGCACAGACGGCCAGGAAGGCGGCGACGGGCGACGCCAAGGACGUGCCCGGCAAGAGGGGGAAGGGGGAGGAGGGCGCGGGGGCGGUUGCCGCGUCCGCUUCGGAGAGGAGGACGGCGGCGGCGGCCAAACGCGACGCCGGCAGGAGCCCCGCCAAGGGAGGCGACGCCGGCAGGAGCCCCGCCAAGGGAGGCUCCGCCGCCAGGGCCAGGCCCGAUGGCAAGGCCGACAGGGGCAAGUCCAAGAGUCCCCCGGACUCGGCGGCCGGCAGGAAAGUGGGCAGAGCGGGGGGCAAGAGCGGCCCUCGCGCGGAGCCCGGCCGGAAGGGGGACGCCGCCCCCGCCGCCGCCGCCGCGCCGGCUCAGCGCAGCCGCAAGGGGCAGCGGCGCGACAAGGAGUUCCCGCGGCUCGUCACGCCCGUCAUCAAGAGACCCGUACCGCUGUCUGACGCGAGCGCGGGGGCCGAGGCCCCGGCGGCGCUGGCGGCGGUGGUGGUGCCGAGAGCGGCGACGCGGAGGGCGGGCCGCGGGGUCGGGAAAGAGGCGACCGCGGCGGCAGCUGCCGCGUCCACGAAGACGAACACCGCGAAGGCGAAUGUGGCGGCGCCGGCGGCGCUGUGCCCGCUCACGCCGGACCCGUGCGCCCGCAGCCCCGCCAGCGAGGCCGGCAGCGAGAGCAGCGUCAGCAUGGCCGCCCAGACGCUCGUCUUCCUCUCCCAGGCGGCCAAGUCGCGCGGCGCUACGGCCACUCCGCCUCGCCGGCCGCCCGACGGUUCCCCGGCGGAGCGCGACGCCGGAGGCUCUGCCGCGGUGACGAUGCCGCCGCCGGCGCACAGGCAGUCGGCGCAGAAGCAGCAGCGGCGCGAAACAGACGGCACGCCCGUGUCCCCGCGGAGGUCGGCGCGCCACCUCCUCGCCGAGUCGCCCAGGUCCCGCCCGGGGACGUCGUCGGGGAAGGCGGGGGGGGAAGAGGCGCAGGCCGGGGCGCCGGCGGGCGAGACGAGGAGGGGCACGAAGAGGAAGGCGAGGGGGGAUGAGGGGGGGGCGGCGGCAGAGGAGGCAGCGGCGGCGGCAGCAGCGGGCAAAGCCGCCCAGGACUCGAACGCGUUCAAGAGCCCCUCGCCCGUGAGGAGGUGCGGGAGCAGCGCCAAGAACAAACGGAAGAAACAGAGGCUCGACUACUUCCCUCCUGGCGUCGACGUUGAGCAGUUCCUCGCCAAGCUGCACUACGUGGAGUAGCCCUUGCCCCGCCCCGCCCCCCAGCCCCCUGCGACACUUCCACGUCAGUUUAUUGAAUUUUUGGUGGCACAAGCGUUGGCGGCGCUGCAGAUUUUCCGCGCCACCCCCAAGGGUUCCCGAGGAGAGGUUGGACUGCUGCGACGUGCCUGCAUCGCGAAGUGCCUGCAUCGCGAAGUGCCUCCCGAAUCGUCGCUGUCUCUCCCUGACUGUGAUGAAAGUGAUUUGUGAUAAUUUUUUAUUUAUCGUUGUUAUUGACAAAAGUUUCAGUGGGAACAGCGUCCCUAGGGUCCGCCAUCGAUCGGUGCGUGGAUGCUCGAAGAAGAGCCCCGUUCGUUUUUAGUGUUGGGGUUGCGUCUGUUUUUAAACGCAGCAGGGAUGUUGCCCCGUUUUCUACACGUAACGGCCCUCUCUCACUAGACUGCUUGGAUGUGGGUCUUCCUGUGCAGUGUUAAAUAACAAUGGCUGUGAACUAAUCCCAAUGCAGCCUCCCAUGCAGCAGCAGCAGCGGCAGCAGCAGCGGCAGCGGCUGGUUGUGUUUGUGUGAGGGGACUGCAGAGAAAGAAGUUGCUCCAAGUGCACCGACCAAAGUGGAUCUGCUUCACGACUCCUUCGACUCGGAGUUGACGUCGUCAUUGUAAACGGUCACGAGGAGACUGGAGAACCCUUUUUGGCUCUGGUCUGCCGGUGUACCAGCCACCCCGUGCCACUUUAGAUAUCGCGCGUAGGAGCUGGGACCAUAACUCGGACCGUCGCUCUUUUUUCACAACUUGUAAAAAUUUACGUUUGAGUGGUCGGUCUAGAAGCGAUGAUGUCGUUCGAGUGUUUGAUUCGCAGUUUAAAAGGUUGAGAGUUCCAAUCCCAGCUCGGGGUCAAUUUAGCCCAUCAUCAGCAUCAUCAUCAUCAUGAUCACUGCCCCUCCAGGAUUGAUUUAAUGUAUUGUGCAGUCGCUCUAUGUGGAGAUUGUGCCCCCCAGCAUGGGAACAUGGAAUUUAGACAUUUGGCCGAGUUAAGCUGCUGUAGAGGGGGGGAGAGUUAUUGCUCGUUUUAGGUAGGGAGUUGACAGCACGGAGUAAGGUUAAGUGUUUCACAUGUAAAAUAUUCAAUGUUGACUGAGCAUUCCAACAGUAAACAAAAGUCAAUAUAAUCCAUAUAUUAUGUUUUAAAUACCGAAUUGGCAACGGAAGCCCUUUGAAGUGAAUUCAAAUGAACUCGACUAGUGCCGCUAUUUUGACCAAAACCUCCCAAAACAUCAAACCCAACCAAAUAAAAGGUGGGUUUACAUUUUUUCUCACGGUUCGGUCAAAUAGAUUGCGCAACUCUUAUUUAUUUGACUUUGCGUGAACAGGGGUAAAUAUAUAAGGUUAAUGUACAUAGAACAUGUGAAUAAAGUGUACGGAAAGUGUUA